AUGAAGAAGAUAAUGGUGACGAUGGAAACUUUGAACAGUAGCCUACUUUUCCUAUCAACAUUAGAAAAUUUGAGUAGUGAAAUGAUCGUUGAUCCAACAGAUAUGUUAACCAAAAACACGAGCGACAUUUUAACGUCAAAUAAUUGUACAUUUUCCGAGCAUGCACCUAAAUUAACUAACACGGGGUUUUUCAAAGUUGUUGUAUUAGCUGUAUUAUCGAUUAUAAGUCUAAUAGCAAACGUUGCAACAAUAUAUUCGGUAAUGAAAAAUCGUCGUAAACGACAAAAUUGGUCGGCCAUUUAUACAUUGAUCCUUCAUCUAUCCAUCGCCGAUCUCCUCGUAACAAUAUUUUGUAUCGGUGGUGAAGCAAUCUGGAGUUAUACCGUUCAAUGGAUCUGGGGUAACGUUGCUUGCAAAAUCUUCAAAUUUCUCCAAGUGUUCAGCCUUUAUCUCAGCACGUUCAUCCUCGUUCUGAUUGGUGUCGACCGUUUCGUAGCUAUUCGAUAUCCGAUGAAAAGUCUAAACACAACUCAUCGAUAUCUCAGAUUCGUCGCUAUCGCUUGGAUACUUUCUAUCAUUUUGGCAGCACCACAGAUUGUCAUCUUUCACAUUGCACGUGGACCCUUUAUCGAGAAAUUCACACAAUGCGUGACCCAUGGAUUCUACACAGAACCAUGGCAGGAAAAGUUAUACAUUAUGUUCAGCAUAUUUUUUAUGUUUCUCUUACCAUUAGCCAUACUGAUUACCACCUAUGUCUCAACGAUAAUUACUCUAUCACGAAGCGAAGAAGCAUUCCAGUCUGAAUUAAUUAACAAUAAUUUACACCGUACCAACAGCGACAUUAAUAGAAGAAAAUUGAUAAAUCGUGCAAAAUCGAAAUCAUUACGUAUCAGCAUUGUCAUAGUCGCUGCGUUUAUCAUAUGGUGGACCCCAUACUACACGAUGAUGAUUAUCUUCAUUUUUCUCAAUCCCAACAAGAACGUUACCAAUGAUCUCCUAAAUUUCAUAUUUUUCUUUGGUAUGACCAACAGUUUGGUGAAUCCAUUGAUAUACGGUGCGUUUCAUCUUUGGCCGAAACGUAAAAGACCAAAUUUUUGCUUCAGAGAUUUUUUCAUGUCGCAACGACGAAAAAAUCGUACGAGUAGUAAUGAUUCGACGAGAGAACUUCAAGAAACACGGCCACUUUUUAUUUCGCGUGAGUCACGGGAGUGCGAGGAAAAGUGCAUCGAGGAAUUCUCCGAUGGGUCUAGUGGACGAGGGAUGCAGCUGGACCAUUUGCUACRAAGUWGGAGURUUUUGGAGCCACCGCAGAACUUCUAA